AUGGCGGGAAUGUCAACUGGUGAGCUCUGUGUGAACCCAUCAGAGAGCAUCACUGAACCUUGCGCCAGGAGUUUAUCUAAACUAGUCCCAGGUGAUUUCAUUCAUGGAACCCAGGAGGCACAAGACAAUCUCUAUGGUGCAUGCUUGUUGGUACACUUUUGGUAUUACAAUCGUAGACGAAAGGAGACGUCCUUAUCACCAGGCAAUGAGGACUAUCUGAGAAAUCUUAAGGGAGAUGUGACCGAAGUCUUCAAAGUUUUAGCAGGUAACGGGACGUGGGUGAGUGGGUUUGUCCUCCUCGACCUCUCCAGCGAUCGGGACACUCAAGUCUCCCUCUUCGUCCUGUUCUUGGCCAUGUACGUGGUCACAGUGCUGGGGAACGUUCUCAUCGUUCUUCUGAUCAGACUGGACAGCCGCCUGCACACUCCCAUGUACUUCUUUCUCACCCACCUCUCCCUGGUGGACGUGUCCUAUGCCACAAGCAUAGUUCCUCAGCUGCUGGCGCAUCUCCUUGCAGAGCAUAAGGUGAUCCCAUUCCUGAGCUGUGCAGCCCAGUUGUUUUUCUCCCUGGCCUUGGGUGGUAUUGAGUUUGUUCUGCUGGCAGUGAUGGCUUAUGACCGCUAUGUGGCGGUGUGUGACCCGCUGAGGUACUCUGCCAUCAUGCAUGGGGGACUGUGCACUAGGCUGGCCAUCUCCUCCUGGGUCAGCGGCUCCAUCAACUCUCUCAUCCACACUUCCAUCGCCUUUCAGCUGCCCAUGUGCACACACAAGUCUAUUGACCACAUAUCCUGUGAAAUUCUAGCUGUGGUCAGGCUGGCCUGUGUGGAUACCUCCUCCAACGAGGUUGCCAUCAUGGUUUCCAGCAUCGUCCUUCUGAUGACCCCCUUCUUCCUGGUUCUGCUCUCCUACAUCCAGAUCAUCUCCAGCAUCCUAAAGAUGCAGUCUGCAGAGGGCCGGCGGAAAGCCUUCCACACCUGUGGCUCUCACCUGACGGUGGUGGUCCUGUGCUACGGCAUGGCCAUUUUCACCUACAUCCAGCCCCACUCCAGCCCUUCUGUCCUUCAGGAGAAGUUGAUCUCUCUCUUCUAUGCCAUUUUGACCCCCAUGCUCAACCCCAUGAUUUAUAGCCUAAGGAACAAGAGGUGA